AUGGCGCUGAGACCUGAUCCCAUCCAGACUGUCGAGCUCAACAGGCUGAUUACGAAGGUAUCGCUUGUGUUUAUCUUCUACGGGCUGGCCGCUUAUUGUUUUCCCGAUUCCAAGCUACCUGGGCCAGUUGCUACAUUUUUCACUAUGGCGGCAGUCUCGCAAUCGAGUCUUUUUACCCGUUUCAAAAGCAAGAUCUUGAACUCGGUUGUUCCGAUCUCAAGUGUGCAGCAGAAAUACUCGAAGGAGAGAGAAUCUUUGUGUCAAGCACUAUACAGCAUAUCUCAAUACCAGCACUCUGCAAAGAGCUGGAACGACUCCAAGAGGUCCAUGUUCAGGACGAUGUCCUGGCGACAGCAGGCCCUUGUCACCCAAAUAGGAUAUCCGGAAAGAAUUAAGAAGAUUGACAGAUGUAUUGGCCGAAAUGCGUUAUUGCUGAAGGAUCUCUACUCCAGAGCUAUGAAUGAACACGGAGUUAGUGCUCUAGAGGUGAGAUCAGUCGCCAGGCAGAAUUCCUCAGAAUACUACCGAGUAGUUGAAAGUUUGUGUCAUUAUGCUAGAGACUGGUCGUCUGCAGGUGAUGUUGAAAUCAAACCAUUGCUGGACUAUAUCAAAUCACAAUUGCAUGGUGUUGAUCGAGACUCUACAUUGGUGGUGGUGCCGGGAUCGGGUCUUGGAAGAAUCGCACAUGAAUUGGCACUGGAAAAUUUCCAUUCUGUUCAUGCGGUUGAGUAUUCUGCACUCAUGUAUCUGUUUAACGAGUUUGUUUAUUCGGAAGAUCCUGAGGAAUAUAUCGUGCAUCCAUAUUUGCACAACUAUUCAAACCACACAAACACAGCCAACCAGAUACGUCAUAUCAACUUCAAGCAGGUUGGGGAAAAGCCGGGAAACCUGACUGUUCAUCAUAAGGAUUUCAAUGACUUUUCAAUAGAAGAGCUAUUGACAAAGAUUUCUCAAGGCCUUCAUGAUCCUGCAGAAGUUACGCAUGUUGCUAAAAAUUUGGUGGUGGUUACAGCAUUCUUCUUGGAUACAGCUGAAAAUCUGCUCGAAUACAUUGACUCCAUCACCAGACUUGCAGAUGAACUACCGAAAGGAGGCAAGGCAUUAUGGAUCAAUGUGGGACCUCUGAAAUAUGGAACUGCUGCAAAAGUAGAACUAACGCAUGAAGAGUUGAGUCUGCUCAGAAAGAAGAUGGGCUGGAAGCCAGUCCACGAAGUCGAGACUCCCAAACUUCUCGGUUACCUCACCGAUUUGAGGGGUUUAUGGCAAGGCAAAUAUGGGGUUACAAUGUGGAGUUGCGAAAAAUUGAGGUAG